AAUGCUUCUCUUCAGAGCUGCUUUGUAGCAGGUCAACCCCUAAUCUGUAGUGGUGCUUAAGGUUAUUCCUCCUUAGGUGCAGUACCCUACACUUGCUUUUGCUGAACUUCAUUAGGCUCCUCUCCAUUCACCUCUCCAGCCUGCCCAGGUCUCCCUGAAUGUCAGCACAGCCUUCUGAUGUAUCAGUGACUGUUCGUAGUUUUGUACCAUCCAAACCUUGCUGAGGGUACACUCUAUCUCUUCAUCCUGUAUUGAGCUCCUUCAGAGCACAACUUGCUCAUAUAUCAGAAAAAAAAUAUAGCGGUACAUAUUUGUAUUUCUCCCUAACAUUUACGUUUUCCCUUUUAAGAUUUCCAAGGAGACUUUUUACCUCUAACAAGAACCAUACCAAAAAACCAUUCUGAAAGAUGUCCUUGACAGCUUCCAGCACCAACAAAUAUGCAGCCAUUUCAGACCAUCUCCUCUGGUACUUAGCUGUCCUUCCAGUAAAAAAACUUUUUCCUCAAUUUAGGGGUCUGUACGGCAGGUUUCCAUAUGUGGCUGGGGUAUUUAAACCCCUCUUACCAUUGGCAAAGACCUACCCAAUACAGUCAAUGAAGUAUAGACAGCAAUUCUUCUCAUCUUCAAGUCCAAGUCAUAUGGUCAGUUGGAUCGCUCUGUAGAAUCUAUUGUCCAAAAUGGGAGCUUAGACACCUAAAUAACUUAUCUACAUGACGAAACACUUAAAACUCAUUCCAGCUCAUUACUCAUUUGCCUAUACUUGAGAAGUCCACCUGGGAUUGGCUGCCAUGACACAGGAGCUAUGCAUUCUUCCAGGGCAGCUGGAGGUCAGGUAGGAUUCUCUUCGGCAUCUCAAAUAGCACUAAUGAUCAGGCAGCUGAAUCCCAAACCUCAUGUCUAACCUUAAUCACUGUUGUUUAAGACUACUGAAAUCUUGGAGACUGCUUCCCUUUUAGGAAAAACCUUUCAUAUAUGUAACAGCAUUUGUCAUGGUUCCACUCACUCUUCUUUCAGUGAACAGAGAGUCACAGAAUUACUUACUUUAGUUACUUUAAUCUUCCUACUCCAGACUCACAGAAAUUCCUGGAGUCCUUCCAACCACAGCUCAUCUCUCUGACUGGAUCCAAACACGCUAUUGCAGUGGAGAUGUUAUCCAUUCUGGCAAAAGUAAGACCAUUAUUCUACUUACCAUGCAAAUGGGAACCCAGUUUACGCAUUGCAGGAAAAUUACUGAGUUUUGUUAGCAUCAGUAAAAAAAAAAUGUUGAAUAAUUUUCAUACUCAGUUUUUCUAGCAUUGUAAGAUUGUUUUAGAUACAACUUUAAGUUAGCUGACGACAUGCCUCCUGGAGUUAUGUUACUGAUUAUUCCUACAUAAGAUCAGCUCUUUGUACUAUCUUUUACAUUUUAUUAUUACAUAUUAUGACAUAAUAUGCUAUAUUUUGUUAAAUAGUAAAAAAGAUGUAUGUAUAUCACAUAAAGUUAUUAAUUAUGUUACAUUACUGUUAUAUGUUAUUUCCUAUCAUUUUUGCCAGUUUGUCAAGACUUUGUGCUAUUAAUAAUCUAAAUUAUGAAUAAAAAACCCUUUUAAUUGUAGCACCAUGUUUUACCUGAAAAGCAUUUCCUUGUUUAAUAAACACACUACAAAAUUGCCUAAAACAGAAGGCUCAGGCAAAAUAAGGACAAUAACGUUAGUUAAACACAUUGCUUCACUACCUGCUGAUGAAACUAUUACGAAUCAUUUUUGCUAAUCAGAGGAUAUUAUGCAACAUGAGUCAGACUGUCACUGAUCUACAAAUUAGCUAUAUAAACAGAUGAGAAGUGUGUUCAAUAGCUUAAGACUGAAACUGUGGUAGAAAAACUUAGUUGAGGAUGAAGACCCUUUCUCUUCUCCUGUUGCUAUAUUUGGCUGUCUCUGCUGCUUUUCCUGUGGCUCCAGAAACAGAAGAUGAAGGUAAAACCCUACAGCUUGUGGAGAAUUAUCUACAGAAUUUCUACGCUCUUCAAAGGGAUCACCAGCCUCAUUUAAAAACCAAGGGUGAAAAUCCCCUUGCUGCAAAGCUCAAGGAAAUGCAGGCAUUCUUUGGACUGCAAGUAACUGGGAAACCUGAUCUUGACACUUUGGAGAUAAUGAAAAAACCUAGAUGUGGUAUACCUGAUAUAGGGCAAUACGUGUUCACAGCAGGGAAUCCCAAAUGGAAAAGAAAUAAUCUGACAUACAGGAUUUUGAAUUACACUCCAAAGAUGAGACGAGCUGAUGUAGAUGAAGCAAUCCGAAAAGCUCAUGUCUGGAGCAAUGUGACACCACUGACAUUCCAGAAGGUUGAGGACAAAGAAGCAGAUAUAAUGAUCUCUUUUGCUUAUAGAGAUCACCGUGACAACUCUCCUUUUGAUGGCCCCAAUGGGCAGCUGGCUCAUGCUUUCCAGCCUGGUGAAGGUAUUGGUGGAGAUGUGCACCUUGAUGAGGAGGAAGCCUGGACAAAAGAUGGAAGAGGAUACAAUUUGUUCAUUGUUAUUGCCCAUGAGCUUGGCCAUUCACUUGGUCUGUCUCAUUCAAAUGAUCCUGGAGCACUGAUGUAUCCAACUUACUCCUACACGGAUCCUAAUGAAUUCCUUCUUCCUCAGGAUGACAUUGAUGGCAUUCAAGCCAUUUAUGGACAGUCAAAUGCUGCUGUGCAGCCAACAGGACCCAUAACUCCACAAGCUUGUGACCCAAAUUUGACAUUUGAUGCUAUUACUACCUUACGUGGAGAAAUAAUAUUCUUCAAGGGCAGAUAUAUGCUGCGCAAACAUCCCACAAGGACAGAGACAGAGCUCAAUUUUAUCUCACUGUUCUGGCCAAAGUUACCAUCAGGAAUUCAAGCUGCUUAUGAAAACGUUGAGAGGGAUGAAGUUUUACUUUUUAAAGAGGAUAAAUAUUGGGUUCUCAGGGGAUAUGACAUUGCACCUGGAUAUCCUAAACCAAUCUAUCGUUUGGGGUUCCCGAAGACUGUCAAACGAGUCAAUGCCGCUUACAGUGAUGAAACCACAGGAAAAACAUACUUCUUUAUAGCUGACAGAUACUGGAGAUAUGAUGAAAACAAAAAAUCCAUGGAUCAUGGUUAUCCCAGGAAAAUAGUCUCUGACUUUGGAACAAUUGGCAGAGUUGAUGCUGCUUUCCAAAAAGGUGGCUAUGUCUACUUCUUCCGUGGAACAACUCAGUUUCAGUUUGAUCCUCGUUCCAAAAGGAUUGUUGGACAAAUGAAGAGCAUCAGCUGGUUUAAUUGUUAAUUGUAAUGUUUUUCCAUAUGCACAGUGUAUGUUUUUACGUGCUAAAUUUUUCAGCAUUUCAGGACAAUCAGGUCAGAAUGAAUUUCUGCCCAAACUGUUUAGGAGCACAGCCUUAUUUAUUGUAUACCAAAGAUAUUUAUAUAAUGUAUCACAAUUUCACCUGCUACAUUUAAGUUUCCUAAUAAAUUAUGGUUUUCAUAUCAUUGUGUCAUUUAUGUCUUAUUUGCAGUAAUACUUAAGAGCCAAGUCUAGGUUCCAAACACUAGAAAAUGUAUUCUGGCAGGAAAAGUCUGAUCUUUUUCUACAAGCCAGAGAAAGGAGCAGCCAGCUGGCUCUGAUGUCCAUCAUCCUGCACAAGCCCUGGUGAAUAUUCUAUGGGUAAUUAGGCCAGUUGUGGCUCAUUAGAAUCACUCUACAAAUCACCACUUUCUGUUCCUCUUUCCCUAGCUUUUACUCUUAGCCUUCCCGCCCCAGGGUGUAUGUCUUUCGAACUGUAGGCUGGGCCUUUUUCCUCAUGUUUUGGGGUUUAGGAACUGAAUUUAAACCUGGGAACAUAGAUUAGAAAGGACCCCUGUGAUCACUGAAACAAGUUCUUUGCUAUCACACAUAGCCACAUCAUAUAAUGGACAAAUGAAUCUCUUUACUCAAAGGUCUUUCAAGUGCUUACUCCUCCACUAGUUAGUAAAUUCCUCCUAAUUUCAGUGGGUUACAGAAUGAAAGUUUUUCUUUAAAAAUUAAAAUUCUUGGCAAAAAAUAUUUUUGACACAAAUGGUUCAUGGAAAAGAAAGCUUGACUUCCAUCUAAACUGCAUUAUUUCAAAUAUCCUAAAUUAAAAUAGUGUUUGAAAGGUUAUCCACUUUCUCUUUAGUCUUUGUAGCUCAGCUGAUAACACUAGAAGUCAUGUGACCAUACAAAAAUGUGUUAUCUCAUACAAUAUCUAUAUUAUUCUGAACACUUCAGAGGAAGGUUUCAGCUUACUGUAAUAGAACUAACUGUAUUUUGUGGAAAGAAUGUGUAACCUUAUAAAAAAACAUAUCUGUUCAGUUUUCUUCAUUACUUAGCUGUCUGUAUUAGAAGUCUGUUGAAUUUGAUUCUUCAUAACGAUCAAGCUUGGUAGUUUUUACUUUUAUUAAAUUCAGGAGUAAAAAUUAGUCUACAUACUAUCUAAAGAUAAGAAAAUAUAUA